AUGGAAGGGGUGGGGAAAUACCCUUACCUUAUGGAUAGCAUAGGGCUCUGGAAUACCAGGGGCCUUAACAGACCAGAGAAGCAGAAGGAGAUGAACCUCUUUUUGCAUAAUAGUAAAACUGGUCUAUUUGGGCUCCUAGAAACAAAGGUUAAGAGAGCCAAAGCUCAUGAUGCUACUCUUAACCUGUGUAAUGGAUGGUCUUUCAGUACAAAUUUGGUACAACACCCUGGGGGAAGAAUAUGGUUACUGUGGAAACCAGGGAUCUAUGUAGUUAAUAUACUCUAUGUCACCUCACAAAUGAUUCAUUGUGAGGACCUGAAAUCAUCAGGCUCUUUCUAUACAUGGAAUAAUAAACAAAAGGAGGGACAUCGAGUCUAUAGCAGAAUAGACAGAGUAUUAAUAAAUGGAGAGUGGAUACUAAAGCUUCCUGAUUCUGAAGUCCAUUUUGGAACUCAGGGAUUAUAUGAUCAUUGCCCAGCAAUCAUUACCUGGGCAGGCACUCCAAAAGUAACACCAAGAUUUAAAUAUUUUAACAUUUGGAGUUCAGCUCCUAACUUUGAAGUAAGGAUUCAGAACAAUUGGGAAAAGCCUAUCAAAGGAACCAAAAUGUACCAGUUGGUAGGAAGAUUAAAUCGACUCAAGACAACACUGAGGGCCAUUAAUAAAGAAAGGUUUAAUGAGGAGGAAAUCAGAUGUGCUAAGGAAGCUAAAAGGUGGAGCUGGGCUAGAAACAAAUUCCUCCAACAGAAAUACAAGUGCCAAUGGCUGAAAGAAGGAGAUAUGAACACAAAAUUCUACCAACAGAUGCUAAAAGCAAGAAUAAGCACUAACAAGAUUUUCAAUAUCAUUGACACAGCAGAUACGCAAAGGUGUGGUGCUGUGGUAAAGCAGGGACCAGUGGUCACAAAUGAGCAAAGACAGGGGCUAGAAAAGCAAGUGACAAAACAAGAAAUCAAGCAAGCAUUAUGGGGAAUAUCAGGGGACAAAGCUCCAGGCAUUGAUGGCUAUGAAAGCCAAUUUUUUAAGGAUGCGUGGAAGGUAGUCCAUACCGAAGUAGAGGAUGCAGUCUUAGAAUUCUUCAAAAAUGGGAAAAUGCUAAGGGUGUGGAAUAGGGCAGUGGUUACCUUAAUACCAAAAUCAGAUCAUGCUGCAGGGGUAGGAGACUAUAGACCUAUUGCGUGUUGCAAUAUCACCUAUAAAAUAGUCUAA